GAUUUAGGAACGAAUCAUGUCCUGGAAUCAAAACUGCGAUCCACUUCCACGGCAAGAAUGCUCAAGCUAUUGCUGGUGGCGUCUAGCAUUAUCUACACGUCAACUACCACCACCAACCAUCACAUAGAGCAGUCCGCUGGCGUUACCAGCGAAGCAGCGCAAGGUAUACAAGCCACAUACCUUGCUCCAUUUGCCACCAAUGCACCGUCCGAAGCGCUCUUCCAACGCAAGGACGGACUCGCUGCGCUUGCUCCUAUCAUCAACGUUGACUCCGACCUUCUCACCAAACCGAUACCCACCAACAAAUGGUGGGGGAAUCUCAUCCAUACUACCACAGAAGACAUUGACACCGUCGCAAACCCCGCGUGGUCCAACCCGUACGCGCUCAAGCUACCCAAGGAAGCACCGUUCGGAAUACAAGCAUGCUACUCGUACACUUACCGUCAAAUGGCUGGUGAGGAGAAUGGCGUCGUCAGAUACUACCUGCACGAGUUCCACAACGACGUGACACUGUCGGCGAAUGAAUUUGGGUCGACGAAACCGGACUACGAGGUGUACUCAUUCAGUGAACUGGGUGUUUCCGUUCGGACGUGUGUGUCUGGCAGCACAGACUGCAUGGACUCGGCGCUGGUGCACGGUAUGGCGUUCGUGUCAGCAACUUACGCCGGUUUGACGCCCCGUAUCGAGUCCGAAUACGCCAUGACGCUAAAAGAUAGCUCGACGCCAGGCAAGUACGUGGUGCAGCUUGCGAAUCAGCAGACGUGGGUGGUAUUUGCGAGUGACACGAGCGCUUCGUUCCACAUUACGGGAUCGGCUUUGGUGAGCAAUGCGGUUUACACAGGGACGGUUCGGGUGGCGGUUCUACCCGAGACUGGUGAUGAGGGGGUGUAUGACGACUACGCGUCGUGUGUUGUCCGUGGUGGCGACGUGUCGGUGCAGUCCCGAACAAGUUACUCGCUGGAUUGGGAGACUGAGGGCAGUAGUUGUGAUAGUACGGGCCUGUUGCAUUUCGCGCUACCGCAUCAAGUGGAAGUUAUGAAUGGGGCGACAACGACUCAGAGCAAGGGUGCCAUCGUACUGCACUCGAGCACUCGUGGUGAUAUGGUGGCUCAAGUGACGACAUCUGGGAGCUGGUUGUUGACAGAGGAUGAAGCGGAUGAGGAAGUGGACUUCUAUCCGUCAAAUAAACCGUCAGCCGAUGUGGUUUCUCAGGUUAACCUUCUGCCCACGCUACAGAGCGACAUCAAUAGUGACUGGAGCUUGGACACUGGUAGCUGGUACUACAACGGCAAGGCGUACCAGAAAUAUGCCUCGCUGUGCUUGAUGGCUGCCGAUAGCUCUGUUGUUGGCGAUGAUACCACAUUGUUGAGAACUUGUUUAUCCAAACUGGAGGCGCUAGUCGGGCCUUUCGUGAAUAACACCAUGAGCGUGCCGCUGGUGUAUGAAACAUCAUACAAAGGUAUCGUGACGAGCCAGAUUUUCACCGCCAACGACGUCAAUGUGGAGUUCGGCAACGGAGUUUACAAUGACCACCACUAUCAUUAUGGCUACUGGGUGACGGCGUCCGCCAUUCUGAAGAAACUGGAUCCGUCGUGGCCGGGUAUGGCGCAAUUAGAGACAAUGGUAUGGACACUGCUCCGUGACGUUGUCAACCCGAGCUCAGACGACCAGUAUUUCCCUAAGUUUCGCCAUUUCUCGUGGUAUUUGGGUCAUUCGUACUCGCACGGUGUGACCCCGAUGGCUGAUGGUAAGGACGAGGAGAGCACGUCGGAGGACGUGAACUUCUUCUAUGGCAUGAAACUAUGGGGUCAGGUAUCAGGUAACAAGGCUGUAGAAGAUCUGGGCAGUCUCAUGCUGCGCCUUAACGCUCGAACUGUGCGGACCUACUUCCUUAUGACAUCGGACAACACGAUCCACCCACCUCAAUUCGUGCCCAACCACGUCACGGGCAUCUUCUUCGACAACAAGGCAGACUACGCAACGUGGUUCGGCCCCGAGAAAUACUGUAUCCACGGCAUUCAAAUGAUCCCGGUGUCACCUAUCAACGGUUUGGCUCGUACGGUGACGUUCGUCAAGGAAGAAUGGGAUGAUAUUCUGUCAAAAGAAGCGAUCGUCACGGGCGGCGACACUACCAACGCGUGGUUAUCGCUGUUGCUUGUGAACCAGGCUGUCAUCAACCAAGCUGAUGCGUUGACGAAGUUGGCAACGGCAACCAUGGAUGACGGUCUCACCCGUUCGUGGGCUUUGUACAACGCGGCAUCUCCUCAACCCACAAUGUACGUGGAAGCUGAAAUAGGUGCAGGAGGCGAGAUUAGCGUCACUCCGCGCUAGGACUUAUCAAUCAGGUCAACUUCAACGAUAAGUUAGAAAAGUAGCUUUCUGAAAAUAAUAGAACUAGUUUCAGCCAAUAAGA